UUGACAUUGACAACUAUGUUGUGUUUUUGGAUUAUUGGUUGAUUUUUUAUUGAAUUUUUAAUUGUUCAUUUCAGUGAUUGACAUGGAAUAAUUUUCGUAAAUUUCAGAUAACGAUUUCCAACUAUUCUUCACCGCAUUUUCAUUUCAUUCAAAAUUCCAGUGGAAAAAUCUGUCACCAUGUCUUUGAGUGCAAAAUAUAAUAUGAAGAGCCCAGGUGUGAAACGGUUGAUGAGAGAAGCUAUGGAAUUGGCCAACCCCACAGAGGAAUACUAUGCUUGUCCAUUGGAUGACAACUUGUUUGAGUGGCAUUUCACUGUGAGGGGCCCUCCAGGCACCGAAUUCGAAGGGGGAUGCUACCAUGGGAGGAUCCUUUUGCCUUCCCAAUACCCUAUGCAACCACCCAACAUAAUUUUGUUAACACCUAAUGGCAGAUUCGAGGUGAACAAGAAGAUCUGCCUGUCGAUAUCCGGCCACCACCCGGAGAGCUGGCAGCCCUCCUGGUCCAUUCGCACGGCCCUGCUGGCCCUCAUCGCCUUCAUGCCCACCUCGGCCGCCGGCACGAUCGGCUCGUUGGACUACACGGCCGAGGAGCGCCAGCUGCUGGCGAGGAAGUCCACCAAUUGGGAGUGCGCCACGUGCGGCCGCGCCUCCGAGAGGUUGACUGCGGCUGGCGGCAGUCCGGAGUUGACGCAGGAGGAGAGCUCGCUACUAAAGCAGAUCGCGCUCAAGGCCGAGGAAGAUACCAAUAGGAAAGAACCGAACGUUGAACAGAAGGAAGACAGUCCUUCAUCACAGACAAAUAGGGAAAACCCUGAAAUUCGCCAAAGAGUCAUUCCUAGUACAAACGAUGUCGAUUCAAGCCUGAACACUGCCGAUUCCCUGUUGCAAGAUUCAGUAGACAGGACCAACAAGGACAAGAUGUGGGCAGUAGUGAUAUGGUUACUGUUGAGUAUUAUCAUCCUUUUAUUGAUAAGGCGACUGUUCUUCCUCUAGUCUAUAGCUAUUUAUUGAAAUUUAUAAAUAAAUAAAAUAUAUUAUAUAUGAAAUAGAGAAUUUUAUAUUGUGAAGAAAUGAAUCAUCAAUUUUUGUAUGUUUUUGUACCAGUUAAAUUUCAUUUUUGGUACUUUUAUGAGAUUCUUCACAUGUCUAUUGUUGAAAUAAUUCAUAGACGAAUCUAGCAAGAUUUUUUUUGUAUGAUUCUGUAAAUAUAUAU